CAAGAACCCGAAGACCAAGCUGGCUUCGACAGCAAUCGGGUUCUAUUCAGGGAUGUUGUCGACUCGUUUCUGGAAACCAAAGCCGACAUCGACAGCGAAACCAGCAAUGCUGUUACCACGCUGCUCGGUGACAAGCCCGACGAUGCCAGCUUGGGGGACGUCUCGACAGAGCACUUGUACAAGUGCCUGGAGAUUGUGGAUCCGGAGCGUGCCGUGAGGCUGCAUCCGAAGGACCGUCGGAAAAUCGAACGGAGCCUUCAGGUCUUCCAAGUCCACGGUCGGCCACACAGCGACAUCAUCGAAGAGCAGCAGCAGAUGGAAGGAGGCAGCUCGCUCGGCGGCCCGCUACGGUUCCAGCGCCCAUGCGUGCUGUGGCUACAGUGUGACCAAAACGUGCUCGAUGAAAGGCUGGACGCCCGUGUGGACGACAUGAUGGCUGCCGGCCUCAUCAAAGAGAUGGAGGAGUUUCAUGAGCGAUACAACAAGCAUCGCAUAGACCACAAUCUAGAAGCUGAUUACACGAAAGGCAUCUUCCAAUCAAUCGGGUUCAAGGAGUUCCACCGGUACCUCCUCAUGGACAGUGAAGAGAAAGCCUCUCCGAAAGGACAGAAGGAAUUCGCCCAAGGGUUGUGGCUUAUGAAGCAAGUGACGAAGCGGUAUUCCAGGAAGCAGAAAAGGUGGAUUACGCAGAGGUUCUUGAGAACACCGGAUCGACAGGUGCCACCUGUGUACAGCCUAGAUGCAACGGACGUCUCGUGUUGGGACGAAUGUACCAGGGACAAGAGCUUCGAAAUUGUCCGAGACUUCCUGGAGGGCAGAGAGCCUAGCCACAAGCCAAUCCCUCUGCUCGACAGCAACAACAACAGGCAUCGGCUCUUUACUUGCGACAUCUGCAAUGUGACGACAAUUGGAAGCAUCACGUGGGAAGCUCAUCUGAAGUCCAAGAAGCACCAUGCAUUAGUGAAGAAACGGAGAGAGAGGCAAGCUGAUGAAGAAAUGAACAGGAAUCCUUCAACAGAGGAGCAUGCCAAGGCUCAAGAUGCAGUGGGCUAGUUUGCGAAUACGUGCAAUUUUCAUGUUACUAAUGACUUCUGCAACGUUUCCAACGUUGACCCCAUAUUGUACCAUAUUUUCAUUAAUAGUAGUAUAAUAUUUAACUUAUGAAUUUCCAGCUAGAAAAAGCACCUCAUGUCAUUUGAAAGCAGCCCAAGUGAUAGGAUGGUUUUUUAUGAUAAGGGAAGGCAAUGAAAAACCAUAUUUGGCAACUUACGUUCAUUUAUGUAUUCACUCCAGCAAUAUGCUUUGAACAUAGUGAACUUUCUUGUUAUCAAACCGUUUGAUUUAAAAUGCACAUCAACAUACAUUUAUGAAUUAUCAUAUUAUAUGUCAGCGUGAGGAAUAAGCAGAGCUGACUGUUCAGUGCACAUCCUCUCAACAGCAGGAGAGAUUUACAACGUUGUAACAUGGCUAAAACAGCAAACAGGAUGGCGAUGAAAGAAAAUGCGCAACAUGAAGCACCGUGCUGUGCACGUCUUUUCUGUCAUUGUCGUACUAUAUGCCAUUUUACCCCUGUUACAACAUUAAACCAACUAUCCCAGUGACCCACAGUUCUGCAGUUUACAAGACUAAAUCUCUGCAAUUUUCUACUCUGCAUACAGAUUGAAAUACGCAUAUUUAUUUUUACGCCUACCUGCAAAUGAGUGGGAAGCUUCCAUGAUGGAAUGUGUGAGCGCGACAGAACGAGGAUGUACAAGUGUUGAGUCACGCUUACACAUCCUGUCAUUAUUCUAACCAACACGCUUUCCUACAUGAGAAGCUUCAUUUCCUCAUGCAACAAUAUUUUUUCACGUCAAGGCCACAGUUGUGUUUGCUCUGAUCGUUUUCGACGUUUAUGCGAUAUGCCGCAAGUCAUGUAGGCCAGAACAGCUGCUUGAAAUCACUCGGUGCUUCGACUGACCGAAGUUGCUAUUUUGGAAGUGACAACUCCAAAUUAAAAGGACAACUCCAGUGGAAAUAAAAAGCUUCAGCUUCCA